UGGUGUUUUUGAGCUCUCGUGCAAAGGGUCUCACUGUUCAAAAAAUAAACAAAUUCCGGCGGAGAAAGUGACGAUAAACAAAAGCGACUGUUCGAGACGUCAAGAUGCGCGACUGGAUGCCUGUGCUCUUCUGCGGACUGUCCGUGCCGCUCUCGCUGUUCAUGUGGCUGGGGAACGUGGCGGUGUCGAGGAUCUGGACGAGCGACUUCGAAGGUUAUCCAACAGAGUCCCGAGUGAUUCCGCCGGUGCGCUGGCUCUUCUCCACACUGGCCCCCCUGGCCCUGAUGACGGUGGCCCUGCGCAGGAGGAGCGUAAGCCGAUCUGGGGCCGCACUGGGCAUCCUGGUGGCCUUCAUCCUGUCCAUCGCCAGCCAUCCGUUCUUUGCCAGCCUGGUGGUGUUCUUCUUCAGCUCCUCGCGCGCCACCAAGUUUCGGUCGCACAUGAAACGCCGCUUCGAGAGCGAUUUCCGCGAGGGCGAGGGCCAACGCAACUGGGUGCAGGUGCUCUGCAAUGGCGGCAUGGCCGCGCAGUUGGCGCUCCUCUACCUACUGGACUGCGGCAGUGGUGAGCGGGCGGUGGACUUCACUCGGGAGUACCGCUCCAGCUGGCUGGGCGUGGCCGUGAUGAGUGCCUUUGCUUGCUGCAACGGUGACACCUGGUCCAGUGAACUGGGCUCUGUGCUGUCGCAACGCGAUCCCGUGUCCAUCAUCACUUGGCGACGGGUGCCGCGUGGCACCAAUGGCGGCGUUUCGCUGGCCGGGAUCGGGGUGAGUCUGCUCGGCGGACUGCUCGUUGGAUUUGGCUACUUUGUCACCGUACGCUACACGGUGGAGGCCAAAAUGCUGCUGAUCAGCCCACCACAAUGGCCCAUCGUCGCCUUUGGCGGCAUUGCUGGACUUUUUGGCUCCCUGCUGGACUCCAUUUUGGGCGGCCUGCUGCAGUUCUCGGGCAUCAAUGAGGAGGGUAAAAUUGUGGAGGCACCCGGCAAGGGAGUGCGCCACGUGAGCGGACUGCGCAUCCUGGACAACCACAGUGUCAACCUGAUCUCCAGCAUCGUAACGGGCGUCACCAUUCCCAUUUUGGCCCAGAGAUUCUGGCCCGUGCGCUGAUUUCCUGUUUUUAUUUUUUAUUAAAGUUAAGAGCAUCGCGGCAUUCACUCGACCAAUUCUAGGGAAAAAUUAUUUGUUUAUACAUCUGAAGAAGUGUGCCUCACAAGAUCAAAUCUAUUGUUAAACAUAAUCGUCAUUUUAUGAAGCCUUUGAGACGGCUAUUUACAAAUGUUCGCAUACCCAUUUAUCACUUCUUCAGGUCCAGUGGAUACCGUUCACAUAUAUUUUUUGAAGCUUCCAGUCGCCAAGCGAAUCAACCGACUUAAUAGACAACGAUUUGGCCAAAUGCAACGGAUGGCCAGGGCAUAGUUUAUAUUUUACACUAAGGUAGCUAACCAUGUUCCUGUAUGGAUUAUGACUUUGUUGAUACUGCUUAAAAUCACCGCGACUGUCCACCUAGAUUAUAUGUAAAAAAAACUUGAUUAAACGCUAACCUCUUAUUGUUAUAAAUUUGAAA